AUGCCACAGUUAGAAACAAGAUAUGUUUUCUGUGACAAUGAAUCAUAUCCUGAAGAAUGGACUAAAACUGUAUCAAAGGUCAAAGGAGUUUAUACUGAUAUUAAAUCAAUUUGUCAAACACUAGAAAUCGAUCGAGAACGAUGUGAUCGGGCUAUGAUUUCGAUUCGCUUUAAGGGUCUCGAUCCUCUGUUCAUGUAUACACAAUUGUUAAAAGAAACACUUUUAGAAAUCGAAGAUGAUUAUAGACAAUCUAUCAAAGACCUGGCUGAAUAUUGUCGUGAACAGGAUGAUAUUCCUGAAGAUCAAAUUAAACAAGUCGAAAAUGAAUAUCGUAAUCAUACACCAAUAUGGUGGUAUACAGCUGAAACAUUUAUUUAUUCGAUGCUUAAUCGUGGACUUCGACAAAUGGAUGUCAAUAUAAUGUUUAGGAUGGGUUUCUUCAUUCGUCAUCUACAUAAUCAUAUCGUACAACUCCAUCGCGAACAACAAGGCACCAAGCCAAUAAAAUUUCAAGUCUUUCAUGCACAAGGUUUGUCCAAUGAAGACUUUGAAAAGAUGAAAAAAACCAAAGGAGGUCUUAUGUCCUUCAACAAUUUUCUGUUGACAAGUCGUGAUCGUAAGACUUCGCUAGAAAACUUUGCACGGCCAGCCACACGUAAUCCCACUUCAGUUGGUAUCCUUCUUGUUAUGACCAUUGAUACGGCUAUUUGUACAAAAUUAUCGACACCA